AUGGCCAAUGGUAUUGAGCCAGGAAUUGUGAAGAAAAUCCAAAAGCCAAUUUCAAACUUUGCCUGCAUGGAAAACAUCAAUGCCUUCGUAGAAGCAGCUAAGAAGCUUGGAGUCCCAACUGAGGAAACCUUCCAAAGUGUAGAUCUUUUCGAAGCUCGUGAUCUGUUCUCCGUCUGCGUUACCCUGUUGUCUCUUGGCCGCAAACUCCAGAAGGAAGGCAAGACCAAUCCCUUCAAGUAA